GUUUUUGCUUGGCCAAGUACGUUUUUUGUCUGUUUGUUUUGAACGGUUUCGUACCACACUACUGUCAUGAAGGCAUGCACUCUGUGACAUGGCAGACUUCUUUUGUUGCACACCUGUGAUGUCAUCAACAAAGUUCAACAAAAGACUUUACAUAAUGGAUCCAGUUUAAAUAACUAGUUGAUUUCAUCAGCUUGAUAUGACUUCUGAAGCAGCAGUCGCUGCUAAUGCUCCAUCUUCUGCACUGCAGUCUGGACCAGCACACAAAGACUUUUAUCUGCUGCGAUCCUUUGUGGCCGGAGGUGUGGCAGGAUGCUGUGCCAAGACGACCAUUGCCCCACUGGACAGAGUAAAGAUUUUAUUACAGGCUCAGAAUCCUCAUUACAAGCAUCUAGGUGCUUUCUCAACUCUCCUUGCGGUUCCCAAGAAGGAGGGAUUCCUUGGAUUGUACAAAGGAAAUGGGGCAAUGAUGGUCCGAAUAUUUCCCUAUGGAGCAAUUCAGUUUAUGUCUUUUGACCGCUAUAGAAAGUUUGUCAGCAUUAAUCUUGGAAUAUCUGGCCAUAUACAUCGUCUCAUGGCAGGCUCCAUGGCAGGGAUAACGGCAGUGAUUUGCACUUACCCUCUUGAUAUGAUCCGAGCACGACUAGCAUUCCAGGUGAAAGGCGAGCAUAGAUACAAAGGAAUCUUCCACGCUUUUAAGACAAUUUACACACAGGAAGGUGGUUUUCCAGGAUUUUAUCGGGGGCUGACACCUACCAUUAUUGGAAUGGCUCCUUAUGCAGGGGUCUCAUUUUUCACCUUUGGAACAUUGAAGAGCAUUGGACUGAAACAUGCCGGUUCUGUUCUUGGGAGGCCAUCAUCAGAUAAUCCAGAUGUCUUGGUACUGAAAACACACAUCAACCUGCUUUGUGGAGGCAUAGCUGGAGCAGUUGCUCAAACAGUGUCGUAUCCACUGGAUGUUACACGACGAAGAAUGCAAUUGUCAGCUAUUCUCCCUGAUUUUGAAAAGUGUCACACAAUGCUGCAGACUCUGAAGUAUGUCUACACAACAUACGGAGUGAGAAGAGGACUUUAUCGUGGCCUUUCAUUGAACUAUAUCCGAUGUAUACCCUCACAAGCUGUGGCUUUCACUACAUAUGAAAUUAUGAGACAAGUGUUGUAUCUCAACUGAAGGGCAAUUUGUGUAAUGGCACAACUGAAUGUUUUUCUAUAUUUUAUCAACUGCUGCUUAAAUUUCUGCCUUGUCAGGAGACUAGUUGGUAUACGGCCUUAAAAGAGGUACUCAAGCAUAGUGUUAAACGGUAUAUAAAAUGUUUGCAGAUUAAGAAGAACACUCUUUAGAAAACCACACGUUUAAAAAACAUCUUCAGUAUUUGUUUGGCAGCUGUUUCUAGCAUCUUGCCAUCUGGUUGCUGCUACCUUUGCAGGACAAGAAAAUUCACUGAGCUGCAUUGUGGACCACUGGAACUUGUCUUAUGACUUUUCUUUCAACCUUGGUCAUAUGGCCAUUGUGAAGACACUUUAGCAGUGUUAACUGCAAGAUAAGUAUGUUACCCUUUCAGGUGAAACAUCUGUACCCUGUUCACACUUUUGGUGUACACUUCCUUUUCAGACGUGCAUUAGUGAGCUGGAUAAAGAUGCUUUAAUAGGUUAUCUUCUGUGCAGUACCCUCUGAGCCGUGUGUGUUUUGGAAUUGUGGUUCUUUAAGGGUGAAUUUGCACAUCAUCAUGUUACUGUUGCAAAACACAGAAGUGCAUGCAGCAAAGCUCAGCUCAGGUUGCUUUCUGUUGCAGGUGGUUCAUAAAUUCAGUUGUAGAACUGCAUUAAUCACUAGAAGAGGGGAAUACCAUUUUUAUGAUUCCUUGUAGUCUAUAUACUGAAAAUGAGGACAUAGACAUGUGGAAGCUCAGCAAGAAACCACAGUUCUUAUAUGCAGGAUGACUGCUUGCAGAAUGUGUUGGUAAUACAUAUACAGAUAUACGUGUACAUAUAUUAGUUCAAACCAUCUUCCAGUCUCUGUCUUUCCUAUGGUAGUGUUAGUACAUGUCUGCACUACAAAGAUCUGUGUAUAUUUGCAUGAGUAUGCACACACACACACACAAUGUUUAAAAAACAGCAGUGUGGGCAGAGCUUCAUAAAUCCCACACACACAUAGAUGCAUUGUUUUCUUCCUCCAUUUUCUCUGAUUUUCCAGCAGGCAUUUAAAAAGUUGUGUUUUCAUUUGUAGUAAGUUUGGAUCUCCCAUUUUUAGGUAAUGGGAGACACUUGUUAAAUAACACUUGCCUUUGGACAUUAAUCAGCUGAGUCAGUGAACAGAUGCUAUCUGACGUACUGGAGGGUAUAUUUUAUGUACCUGUAUAGUAAAACGUGUUGAGUAACAAUUUCAUUUAACUAAUUUUGUGUUAACUAGUCUUCCAGCCUGUUCAGAGGCAGUUGUAAUUAUAUGGAGGAGUUCUAAUGUUCAAAUGAUGGUCAGCCUUGAAUUAAAUUGGUUUAAAAUUCACACA